AUGGUGCCAUGGUGCUGGGGAGACGGGCUGUGCUACCUAGCAACCCACUCUGGGAGUUGUAUGCGGGAGGAAGGGCGCCAGCUUCUGCGGGAACUCCUGGGAUGGGAGCCUUUCGACGAAGUCUGGGACCUGCGGCGAAGCAUCCGGCUGGACAUCCUCUACAACAGCAUCAUGUUUGCCGCAAGGAAAGGCCUCUCCUGGGCAGCAGUGGCAGCAGUGGGGAAGAUCGCGGAGGAGCUCCUUGAGGAGAUGAAAGGUCUAACCAUUUCCCAGGCCCUCCAAGUCUUCCAGGACAAAGUCUCAGCAUGUGAGCCGAAGUUGAGGCCACUCAAGCCGGGCAUUUUGUGUGAUUACUUUCUCAACACGUACUUCAAACAUUUCCACCUCUACCAGUUCCUGCUGUGCCACAAGAGAGCAGUGCAGCAGAGCUAUGCCACCCUGGAGGUUUGUGUGCCCCCACAUCCCCUUCCACUGGAGGCUGGCAUGGAUGUAGAGGUUGAAAAACACCAGCAGCAAAUUGCUGCCUUGUCAGCGGCCGAGACCCAAAAACGUACCAAUGUGUUGCACCUCCGAAAGAUGCUGAAGGCGGAGAAGGAUACCAUCCUGGAGAAAGUGUACAAAAAGCUGGAAGACCCAAGUGAGAAGCUAGACAGAGAGGACUCCUUAUGGAGAGGAUACUUGUUUGAAAGAGACAUCCCCCUUUUCAGUAUCUCGGGGGGUGAGUCCCACAUGCUGGAAGAGAAGAAAGCUGGAGGGUUUACAAAGGAGAAUCAUAGGACAAUUCAGAGACUGGAGACCUUAGUAGAAGAGGUGAUCAGAAUCGAGGCAGAAACCACACGUGAGAUCUUCCAGGCUGAGAUCCAAGCCACCUUUGAAAUCCUGGAGCUGAGACUCCAGAAGAAGAUACUGGCCUUGAAGUCACCUGUUCCUAAUCUUCCACCUCUUGUCCCUGCUGUCCAAACCAAGAAGGCACCUAAACCUCGUGAAAGGAAGAAGAAGAAAUGA